UAACCUAUCAUUCUUCUGGUCAUAACUUUGCAAGAGUCCACAGUUCCGAGCCGCGAACACACAUCUCUGUCUUCCAUACUUCACACCACCGCCGUUUCCGGUAUCUUCACCACCAAACAACUUCGUCACAACUUCGCUCCUCCUCCUCCUCCGCUGUUACCGGCGCAGUACAGGCAGGACAACUCACUGUGUUAACUGAAAGAGCUCAUAGCAUGUCCUGGGUGGCUCGUGGAAGUCACCAAUCCAAUGCUAAUGCCAAUGGAAACGCCAAUUGCAAUGGCAAUGGUAAAUUCUCUAAUGCAAAUCGGAAUGGGAAAACCAAUUCCUCUCCCUGGAGACAAAAGAUUGCACAACAGAGAAAAUCUCUUCCUAUUGCUUCUGUUGAGAAGAGACUAAUUGAAGAGGUUCGGAAGAAUGAUAUUUUGAUUAUUGUUGGUGAAACUGGAAGUGGAAAAACUACACAGAUUCCACAGUUUUUAUUUAAUGCUGGAUUUUGCAACAACGGAAAAGUUGUCGGAAUAACUCAGCCCAGACGUGUUGCUGCUGUCACUGUGGCCAAACGAGUGGCUGACGAAUGUGGUGUUGAGUUGGGCCAAAAGGUUGGGUACUCUGUUAGAUUUGAUGAUUCUACUUCCAACUCAACAAGGAUCAAAUAUAUGACAGAUGGAUUGCUUCUGAGGGAAGCAUUGCUGGAUCCUUAUCUCUCUAAGUAUUCCGUUAUAAUUGUCGAUGAAGCACACGAGAGAACCGUCCACACUGAUGUAUUGAUGGGCUUGCUAAAAAAUGUGCAACUUGCUCGGUCAGAAUCUAUCAAUGAUGGUCAAAACCUUAAUAACGGGAACAAGAAUGCGAAUGGUUUCAUGUUGUUGGAUAAAGAUAAUGGCCAGAAUAGCAGUUUUGAUAGAAAAGACCGCCGUGAAAAGAGUUCUCCAUUGAAGUUAAUCAUCAUGUCUGCAAGUCUUGAUGCUCGCACUUUCUCUGAGUACUUUGGUGGUGCCAAAGCUGUUCACAUUCAAGGGAGACAGUUUCCUGUGGAUAUAUUUUAUACUCGUUAUCCAGAAACAGAUUAUGUAGAUGCUGCCUUGAUAACAAUUUUCCAGGUUCAUCUAGAGGAGACCCAUGGUGAUAUUCUAGUAUUUCUGACCGGGCAAGAAGAGAUUGAAUCUGUCGAAAGGCUUAUCAAAGAGAGACUUACAAAGUUACCACAAGGAAGUCAGAACCUUCAAGUUGUGCCUAUAUAUGCAGCUCUUCCACCUGAACAGCAAAUGCGAGCCUUUGCACCAGCUCCAUCUGGGUUUCGCAAGGUGAUAUUGGCAACUAAUAUUGCUGAGACAUCAAUAACAAUUCCUGGAAUCAAGUAUGUAAUUGAUCCUGGACUUGUAAAAGCGCGUUCGUAUGACCCUGGAAAAGGCAUGGAAUCUUUGAUCGUAGUACCUACGUCCAAGUCCCAGGCACUGCAAAGAAGUGGGCGUGCAGGGCGUGAAGGACCUGGAAAAUGCUUUCGGCUAUAUCCAGAAAAUGAAUUUGAGAAACUUGAGGAUUCUACAAUGCCGGAAAUUAAGCGUUGCAACCUUUCGAAUGUCAUUUUGCAGCUUAAGGCUUUAGGAGUUGACGACAUAUUAGGGUUUGAUUUCAUUGAGAAACCUUCAAGGACCGCUAUUAUAAAAUCAUUGGAGCAGCUAUUUUUAUUAGGUGCUUUAACAGAUGAAUGUCAACUAUCUGAUCCGGUUGGACGUCAAAUGGCUCGACUGCCCUUGGACCCUGAUUAUGCCAAAGCUCUUAUUUUAGCAAGUCAGUUUAACUGCUUGGAGGAGAUGUUGAUAACUGUUGCAAUGCUUUCUGUGGAAUCCAUAUUUUAUACUCCGCGCGACAAGUAUGAAGAGGCAAGAACUGCAACUAAGUGCUUCGCAAGUCCAGAGGGAGACCACAUCACUUUGAUUAAUGUGUAUAGAGCAGCUACUGAUUUUUUAGAGAAGAGAACUGUGGAAAUGAAUAAAGCAAAAAGUGAAAAGGUUUUGAGAAAAUGGUGCAACGAAAAUUUUAUCAAUAGCCGUUCUCUUAGACAUGCUCGUGACAUUCACAGGCAGAUUCAAGGACAUGUUCAACAAAUGGGCCUGAAACUUGCUUCUUGUGGAGAUGAUAUGCUUCAAUUUCGCAGAUGCCUUGUUGCUUCCUUUUUCCUCAAUGCAGCUAUGAAGCAGGCAGAUGGAACCUACAGGGCUUAUGCAAGCGGUCAGGUGGUGCAGAUCCACCCUUCUUCUGUAUUGUUCCGGAAAAAACCAGACUGCAUAAUAUUUAACGAACUGAUUCAAACUAAUAACAAGUAUGUCCGUAAUUUAACCAGAGUUGACUCCCUAUGGUUAACUGAACUGGCUCCUCAGUUUUAUGCUAUGCAGAAUUAAGUUCUUGAUAGGGCCACUUGUAAACAGAUCAAUGCAAGCAUUAGAUUAUGUCCGGCCACUAGUUUAUGAAGGUAAAGGUAGCUUUGUAGCUUUCGGUGAUGACAGUUUUCGUAAGGGGCAUGUCCUUGGUAUUUUGUAAACCAUUGAUGUCCAAAAGGUGUAGAUGCCACUGUCAUACACCUUUGCUGGAUUGUUGCCUACCUUAUUUUUUCUUGAGCAAUUUUGACUACUGAGAUUCAGGAACGCUCGACUGAAUGGCAGAAGGAUGCAUAUUACAGUUGUGAAACCUCAUUGAAAUGGUGGUUUGAACAAUGGAAUUUUGCACACAGACUAUGCAACUGUAACUUUACAAAUUUUGGGGGAAUAUAAAUAGAUGAUAAUAUGAGUUGUGUAUUAAUAUGAAAGGUAAUUAUUUGAAAUCUGCAUAUUUGUAUGCCCUGCAUGGCAAUUAUUUGGUAAAUAUUUUGUGUCGUUACCAAA